GAAAACAGAAAAGGAAAGGGAUAGAGGCACAGAGGACUUCUCACACAGGACAGAACGACCAGGCAUGGAGCUUUCCCUCUUCCCUCACCUGUUCUUGCCCCUGGUGUAUCUGGCAGGUCUCUGCUCCCCCUUUAACCUGGACGCACAUCACCCACGCCUCUUCACAGGGCCACCAGAGGCUGAAUUUGGAUACAGUGUCUUACAACAUGUUGGGGGUGGACAGCGAUGGAUGCUGGUGGGUGCCCCCUGGGAUGGGCCUUCAGGUGACCGGAGAGGGGAUGUUUAUCGCUGCCCUGUAGAUGGCUCCCACAGUGCCCCAUGUGCCAAGAGCCACUUGGGUGAUUAUCAACUGGGAAAUUCAUCUCAUCCUGCUGUGAAUAUGCACCUGGGGAUGUCUCUACAAGAGACAGAUGCUGAUGGGGGAUUUCUGGCCUGUGCCCCUCUCUGGUCUCGUGCUUGUGGCAGCUCUGUCUUCAGUUCUGGGAUAUGUGCCCGUGUGGAUGCUUCAUUCCAGCCCCAAGGAAGCCUGGCGCCCACUGCCCAACGCUGCCCCACAUACAUGGAUGUUGUCAUCGUCUUGGAUGGCUCCAACAGCAUCUACCCCUGGUCUGAAGUUCAGACUUUCCUACGGAGGCUGGUAGGGAGAUUGUUUAUUGAUCCAGAACAGAUACAGGUGGGACUGGUACAAUAUGGGGAGAGCCCUGUACAUGAGUGGUCCCUGGGAGAUUUUCGAACUAAGGGAGAAGUGGUGAGAGCUGCAAGGAACCUCAGUCGGCAGGAGGGACGAGAAACGAAGACUGCCCAAGCAAUAAAGGUGGCCUGCACAGAAGGGUUCAGUCAAUCCCGGGGUGGACGACCAGAGGCUGCCAGGUUACUGGUGGUGGUCACUGAUGGAGAGUCACAUGAUGGAGAGGAUCUUCCGGCAGCACUAAAGGCCUGUGAGGCUGGAAAAGUGACACGUUAUGGGAUUGCGGUCCUUGGUCACUACCUUCGUCGGCAACGAGACCCUAGCUCUUUUCUUCGGGAAAUUAGAGCAAUUGCCAGUGAUCCAGAUGAGCGAUUCUUUUUCAAUGUUACAGAUGAGGCUGCACUGACUGAUAUUGUGGAUGCACUAGGAGACCGGAUUUUUGGCCUUGAAGGGUCCCAUGGAGAAAAUGAAAGCUCUUUUGGGCUGGAAAUGUCUCAGAUUGGUUUCUCUACACAUCAGCUAAAGGAUGGAAUUCUCUUUGGGAUGGUGGGGGCCUAUGACUGGGGGGGCUCAGUACUGUGGCUUGAAGAAGGUCAUCACCAUUUCCCCCUACAAACGGCCCUGGAAGAUGAGUUUCCCCCUGCAUUGCAGAAUCAUGCAUCCUACCUAGGUUACUCUGUUUCCUCCAUGCUUCUGCGGAGUGGACGUCGCCUCUUUCUCUCAGGGGCCCCUAGGUUUAGACAUCGAGGAAAAGUCAUCGCCUUCCAGCUUAAGAAAGAUGGGACUGUGAAGGUUGCCCACAGCCUCCAAGGGGAGCAGUCACCUCCCCUUUGCUCUGGGUCGCUGCCACCCACCACUCCCCAGAUUGGCUCAUACUUUGGCAGUGAGCUCUGCCCAUUGGAUACGGAUAGCGAUGGAACAACUGAUGUCUUACUUGUGGCUGCUCCCAUGUUCCUGGGACCCCAGAACAAGGAGACAGGACGUGUUUAUGUGUAUCGGGUGGGCCAGCAGUCUUUGCUGAUGCUCCAAGGGACACUUCAGCCAGAACCCCCACAGGAUGCUCGGUUUGGCUUUGCCAUGGGUGCUCUUCCUGAUCUAAACCAAGAUGGCUUUGCUGAUGUGGCUGUGGGCGCUCCGCUGGAGGAUGGGCACCAGGGAGCCCUGUACUUGUAUCACGGAACCCAGAGUGGAGUCAGGCCCCACCCUGCCCAGCGGAUUGCAGCUGUCUCCAUGCCACGGGCUCUCAGCUACUUUGGUCGAAGUAUAGAUGGCCGGCUAGAUCUGGAUGGAGAUGAUCUGGUGGAUGUGGCUGUGGGUGCCCAGGGGGCAGUUGUCCUGCUGAGCUCCCAGCCCAUUGUCCAUGUGGCCCUCUCACUGGAUGUGACCCCACCAGCCAUCAGCGUGGUGCAGAGGGACUGUAGACGGCGCAGGCAGGAAGCAGUCUGCCUGACUGCUGACCUCUGCUUCCACGCGACCUCCCGUACUCCUGGUCACUGGGACCGCAGGUUCAAUAUGCAGGUGACAGCAUCACUGGAUGAGUGGACAGCUGGGGUACGGGCAGCAUUUGAUAGCUCUGGCCAGAGGCUCUCUCCUGUGCGUCUCCAGCUCAGCGUGGGAAAUGUCACAUGUGAGCAGCUGCACUUCCAUGUGCUGGAUACAUCAGAUUACCUCCGACCGGUGGUCUUGACCGUGACCUUUGCCUUGGACAACACGACAAAGCCAGGGCCUGUGCUGGAUGAAAGUUCACCCACCUCUCUACAAAAGCUGGUCCCCUUCUCAAAAGAUUGUGGCCCUGACAAUGAAUGUGUCACAGAUUUGGUGCUCCAAGCCAAAAUGGACAUCAGAGGCUCCAGGAAGGCUCCAUUCGUGAUUCAAGGUGGCCGGCAAAAAGUGCUGGUAUCAGCAACUCUGGAGAACAGGAAGGAAAAUGCCUACAACACUAGCUUGAGUCUCACCUUCUCUAAAAAUCUCCACCUGGCCAGUCUCAUUCCUCAGAGGAAUAGCCGGGUAAAAGUGGAAUGUGCAGCGACUACGCCUCAUGCCCGGCUCUGCAGUGUGGGGCAUCCCGUCUUCCAGACUGGUGCUAAGGUGACCUUUCUGCUAGAGUUUGAGUUUAGCUGCUCCUCUCUCCUGAGUCAAGUCUUCGUGAGGCUGACUGCCAGUAGCAGUAGCCUGGAGAGGAAUAGGACCCUUCAAGACAAUAUAGCCCAGACUUCUGCCUACGUCCAAUAUGAGCCUCACCUCCUAUUCUCCAGUGAGUCCACCCUGCAGCGCUAUGAGGUUCACCCUUAUAGAAUCCUCUCACUGGGUCCUGGUCCUGAAUUCAAAACCACUCUUAGGGUUCAGAACCUCGGCUGUUAUGUGGUCAGUGGCCUCAUCAUCUCAGCCCUCCUUCCAGCUGUAGCUCAUGGGGGCAAUUACUUUCUGUCACUAUCGCAAGUCAUCACCAAUAAUGCAAGCUGCACAGUGCAAAACCUGACUGAGCCCCCAGGGCCUGCUGUGCGUCUGGAGGAGCUUCAACACACAAACAGACUGAAUGGGAGCAAUACUUGGUGUCAGGUCGUGAGGUGCCGCCUUGGGCAGCUGGCAAAGGGAGCUGAGGUCUCUAUUGGACUACUGAGGCUGGUUCACAACGAAUUUUUCCGAAGGGCCAAGUUCAAGUCCCUGACAGUGGUCAGCACCUUUGAGCUGGGAACUGAGGAGCACAGUGUCCUACAGCUGACUGAAGCCUCCCGCUGGAGUGAGAGCCUCCUGGAGGUGAUUCAGACCCACCCCACCCUCAUCUCCCUGUGGACCCUCGCUGGGAGUGUCCUGGGAGGGCUGCUCCUGCUUGCUCUUCUUGUCUUCUGCUUGUGGAAGCUUGGCUUCUUUACACGUAAGAAAAUCCCCGAGGAAGAAAAAAGAAAAGUUGGAGGAAUGAAUGCAGAAUAAGGCUCUAGAAAGUCCUCUCUGGCAGCUUCUUCAGUGACUUGUGUCAGAGCAGAGGUUUGAGGGCCCUGUGGGAUCAAGAAGAAGCCUCUGGACUGUCUCCUCAGACUCACAGCCUGACUUGACUUUGGAGUCAUGGGGAUGCUGCUGGCAAGAGAUGAGGCUUUACCUCAGACAAGAAGGGCUGGCACCAAAAUCAGUAAUGCUCUCACCCUCUGCAUGGUCCCAAUUCCACAGUCAACACUGGGGUCUUUUCCCUAUCCCCGGGAAUCAAGAGAACUUUUUGCUUAGGUCCCUGACUCCUCUCAAACUCCCUCUUGGUCUCUCCUCGCAGUUCGCAAAGGAUGAAGAUUAUCCUCCUCCAUUCAGUACCAACUCUUUCAACUUCCUGCUUGCUCCCCACUCCACAGGAGGUUGCUGACGUUGGCUUGAAAGAAGUAAAGUCAACAUCUGCUGCUUUCCUGUGGAGCUUAGUGAUUCAUAGAGCUGGAUGGGUAGAGUCAACAGGAAAAAAGGAGGGAGGAGGAAAAGCCACAAGAGACAUUCUGUACAAUUCCAAGGAACAGAGAAGCCUUUAGACAGGCAACUGCCAUCCCCUCUGAAACCUGAGCUUUGCUAGUGCACUCGCCCUCCCUCAGGUGCUAGGGAAACAGAGCUGCCCCCAGGCUUGCUGGGCGAGAGCUUGCCAACCCUCAGCCUUCCCUAGGAGCAAAACCAGGGCUGGGUGCCUGAUUUUCUGGAGCCGGGGGCCCCCGGGUGGCUAAAGCUGGAAUAGCAGAGAAGACUGGGCACCCUAGGCAGUGUUUUCUCUACUUCUCUCAGACCUUACUCUUUGGCCCUCACUGGGACCUCCUUAUGGAAAGCAAACAGAAGGAAAAGGAUUGCUGUUUUAGGGGGGAAAACCCUUCCACCUUCUCAGCUUUGGGAAGCAGCAGUCCCAUGCGAUCCAAACAAGUAGAACUGCAUUAAAAAGAGGAAGUGGGUUGCAUGAGGUCCCUGGAAAGCAAGGCUUUACCUGCCCAGUGUUGGUUUUUUAGCACAAAUAACUCCUAGCAAAAUAUUUCUGGGGCAACUCUGGUCAUAUUUUGUAGGAUGUCUCUGUUGGAAUGUUUGGUAGCCCUUGCCUAAUAUUUACUGGAAAUCACCAAGAUAAUUUCUCUCUCUAACAUAUCCUAUCCUCAUCCCAUGUUGUUGUGGCUAGAAAAGACAAGUGGAUUCUCACAGACAUCUCAAAACAUAUGUUUCUUUGUAAUCAAGACUUUGGAUACCAAAGGCAGUUACUGGUCUCCAGAGUGCAACUUUGACAGCCAUUUGAAAGAUCAGCAUCCAUUUCUACCUGAGAAGAGAGAAACACCUCAUCGGGCAGUUCACUAGCAGCCACAGAACCUGUCCUCCCAGGCUGUUCUUCAGGCCUCACCACAAUGUUUAUUUUGGCAUGUCUCUGGCCCUCUGAAGAGGGCCACCCUCCUGGGCAUUGUCUCUGUUUCCCAGCACUGUGGACAGUAUAUCAGAUGGUCAUAACAAAUAAAGGUCAGUGUCAAGUA